UUAAAUUGUCUAUGAUAGUCUACACUGUAGUUUUAAUUUGAUAUUGAGAAAUUCUCUGCUUUCAAAACGGAUAAGAAAAUGGCACGAAACGUACGCUUUUCAUUCAGACGAUUCCUUUUUCACAAUAAAACUAUAAUUCUUUUAACAGUUCUAAUUGUCGCAAUCUUAUUGUUUCUACGAUCACAAACAAAAAGUAGUCAAACUUAUUACAGAAAUCGUGUCAAAACCUAUAAUCAGCUACAGUCACCAUAUUCCAAAGCUGAAUUAGACGACUACUACAAACUCUUGUUGGGUUUACCUUCUUCGAACUCGACAACAAAUACCAACGUACAGUGCGAAAAUGUCUGGACGAUCGCAGCGAUUCCGGGCUUUGACAUUGAGGACUAUGUGUGGGAAUACGUUUCGCUAACAGCAAUUAACGAAAUAUACGGUGAAAAUGAUGGACGGAAAUUGAAUACGUAUUUAUCGCAACGGAGUAUCGAGGAUUUGGAACGAAUAUUCGAGAGGAUCCGUUUUAACGAUAUAGGUACGGUGCCGAGCCAAUGUUACAGAUUGCAUGAAGCAAUAUUAGUGGAAAAUGGAAACAGUGUCUAUUUCAACAAAGACUCACAAACCAAGUCUAUGUUUUUGUUGGCUGAUGGAGAGCGUCGUUAUAAGGAAAUAGCCCAAGUUUAUGGCAGGAAAUUCCAGCAAAAUUUUAGACUUAACGAUCUCUACAAAAACGUGGCAUCACUGGAAAUUGCCAGUUCGAAGGCAGAUCUGGAAAAAUCGACCGGUACACCAAGUGCCGAUGAUGCACCAAUCAUCGGAAUGUACAUUCGAACGCUUGAGCUUCCGUCAUCGUACUAUGAACGUGCAAUGGAUUUCUUGAGAAAAAUUCACUAUGGAUCGAUAUUCUUAAUCAUUUGUCCGCCGCAUUUGAUGGAAGAGUGCCGAGAUAGAUUUUAUGGACAAGACACAGUGGUAAAAGUACAGCAACAGUUGUUGGAAUUGGAGCUAGCUGUAAUGGCAAUGUGUGAUCAUAUGGUUAUUGAAAAUGAAUUCGGAAUUUUGGCUACGUUACUAAACGAAAAUAUCGGCGACGUGAUUGUGUACGUUCAAAUGGAUGAAGAAAUUGAGUGGUUUUCCAGGUAUAUGACUGAAAACUUCGACAAUUGGUAUUCUGUUGCCUAAUGUCGCUAGAUUAGAUGAAAAGUAAAUCGGACGAAGAUUUGUUAUUUCAGUAAAAUGAAGAUUUGAUUUAGAAGAUU